AUGUCGUUCAUUCCACUCUUCCGCACCGUUGCCAGCCGCCGCGCCGUCUCAACCGGCCUGCGAUCUUUCUCCACCACCUCGGCGGCUCGGUCGGCGGUCAAGCCGGGUAGCGAGAGCGAAGCUACCACGCCUGGAUCCGGUCCUACGGAGGACAUCGCCAACAGCGACGGCGCGUACGACGGCUCGCGCACCAACCCGCACGCCUCCACCAGCAAGAUUGAGAGCGAAACCGACGCGGACUUUGAUCAGAGCAGCGCGAAUCAAAAGACCUCCGAGUUGGCCAGCAAGCAGCAGCACCAGAGCAAUCGUCGACCGAGCAAGCAGCAGCAGAGCCAACCGGACAGGGACGAUUUCGGUGCGAGUGAGGCUCGCAAGCAGGGCGGUCGUGGCGGCUCACAGGCCUAG